AUGGCAUAGUAAGUUGUUUUAAUAAAGGGAAAGGGGAGAUAAAACAUAAUUGGUGCCUUUGGGAAGAAUAUCAUGCUCGCUCUAACCCAAAUUCACACCUCUAAACUAGCGUCCUUUUUGUUUGUUGUUGUUGUUUAUUUAUUUACUUCCUGUUAAAUAGCUAGUAAUUUACGCUAAAUUAAACGAAACUAUGUUCCAAAGGUAAGUUUUAUAGUUUAAAAUUUAUUUUCUUGAAGUUUCACUCAAAUAAUUUCUAUUUUUUCAGUAACGACGAUGAUUGGUUGAAUUACAACCUAAACGAGCUGACCAAAACCGAUAGUCCACCACCAACCGGCGCAUAUUAUGACAACAUUGAGGCAAGUUAUUUUUUUUCGAAAAAAAACAAAGUAUAAAAAUAACUAAACCCCAUUAAUUUUAUGGGUUCAUUUUUCUCCUUCCAUCUAGAUAAAUAUAAUUUUUCUUAUAUAAGCUUUGUUUUUUGCAGUUAGACGAAAAUGGCGCAUCGCCGAUGCGUGAUCUCGAUGUUGGUUAUAGUGCGGAUUUGGCUGUUCCGUUGGGAGAUUUUCAGUAUUCGGAUGUGCCAAAUGGUGGACAGUCGCAGGUUUAUCAAAGUAUGCAUACAAUGCAGAAUUCGAGCGGUUAUGAUGGGAAUAUGCAUGCGACGAGGAGUGUUGUAAGUUUUUUGUUGGGAUUUUUAAAAUUAUUUGAUAAGCUCCUCAUUUUCUCGAGUUCAAAUUUUGUUAAUAUUUAGUUCAAACAUGAGUAAAGUUAUGACGUGAUAAAAUUCUCUCAUAAUUAUAGACUGCCUUGUAUUUUGAAAUUUUCCCACAUCAUUACUGACAAGUUGAGCUAAAAUAUUGACCAAAAUAUAUUUUCCCAAUCACUUAUAAAUUCUUGAAUUAUUUUCAGGAAUACAACAGUUUCGAGUUACCACAAGUUGUUCAAGUCAACGGUUCGCAAAUGAAUGAACAAUAUACUGAUCUAAAUAAUUUGGAUCAGAAUAACUCAUUUUAUUCAAAUCAACAACCAUCAACUUCUGAAAUGGAAAUGGGAACACAAAUGGGAGCUGAAAUGGAUGGAUAUCAACCACAACAACAUUUAAUGCAAAUGCAGCCAUCAACAAGUUAUAUGCAGCCUGUUGAUCAGGAUCAACAAAUGAUGAUGCAAUUGCAACAACAACCAGCUCAGCAGCCACAAGUACUACAAAAUCAAAAUCAGGCUCAAGUUCAACAAAAACCAACUCCAAAAAAGAAGUCAACAUCAACCCGCAAAAAACAACCAGCCGCUAACAAUUCUGUCGGCGCAGUUCUCACCAAAGUCAACAAAAUGUCGCAGCAAAUUACAGAAGGUUCAGGAACUCGAUUAGAAACUCGAAUGACGCCCGAAGAAUCGAUGAAAAUUGCACAGCUUAUGAGCACAAUGGCACAAUUGCAACAAGAGCAAGAGCAAGGUGUUGAUAAUACGGAGAAGAUGAAUAAGAUUCAAGCGGAAUUGGCUAAUGUUUUUGCCAAGAAUUUGUCAUCGUAAGUUUUGUUUUUUGGGAGGGAUAAUUGUGGGAAAAUUUAAAGUGUUGGUUUGAAAUAAUAUUGUUAUUAGCUUUAGCUCUUUUAAAAAGUUUAGAAAAACAAGCUGAUCUUUGUUCUGUAAUCUCAAUUAUUGAUUGAAAUUUUUUUUCAGAAAAUAUUUGGAAUUUAUGAAAAGAAUAUAUUAAAAUUUCAAAAAAAACCCCCCAAAAAACCUGUCAAUAUUUUCCAGAACUGGAGCAAACACCGCAAUCGUCUCCCAAAUUCAAAGCCUCACAACAACUCCAUCACAACCUCCAGCACAACAAAUCAAUCAUGCUCCAGUGCAACCCAAAAAAGCUGCACCAAAACGAAAAACUAACCAAACGUCGAAAAACGUGGCUCCUGUACUACAACAACAACAACCAAAAAUGGAACAACCACAGGCUACAAUUAUUCCAGCAAAUCGAUAUGGUCCACCAGAUUCGCCGACUUAUCAACCACAAAUUGUGUAUCAAACCGAAUCGCAGCAACAGGAGAUAUUGCAAACUAUGCCAUCGACAAGUUCAGCACAGUGAGUUUUUUUUUGAGAUAAAUGUAUUUUGAAAUAUCAAAAUCACGUCUUUCUUGAGAUUAAAAUUAUCUAGCUAUGAAAAAUAGUUUACAUUCCGGCUGAUUUUGAUUUUUGAAAAUAAGAAGUUUUUUUGAGUCUAAGAAAAUUCAGAAAAAACUUCAAAAAAACAAGCCAAAAUUCUUGUUGAAAAUUUAGUUUUUGAACCUAAAUUUAUUCCUAUUAAAACGAAUAAGAGUUUUCAAAUAUUACGUUUUUAGUCUUGAAGAUCAGAAAAAUAUUCAAAGUUUCACCCAAAAAAUCUUCAUUUUCAUUUUUUUUUUCCCAAGCCUUUUACCCCAAAAAUCCUAAAAGUUCGUAAAAAAUCAAUGCUCCCCUGCUAUUUUAUUUUUACCACACUGUUUCUCACUUUUCCCCUUUGAUAACAAUAUUUUUCCGAUAAAAACCAAUAAAUUAUGGGGGCGUACCUUAAAAAAAACACUCGAAAAAUAUAUUUUCUCAUUUUCAAAAUGUAUCAUUUCAGAUAUAUGGACUAUACACAAAACGGGCAGAAUAUUCAAAUUGUCCAACAACAACAACAAGGACCAUCGCCAAAUAACAAAGUGCCAUCGAUGAAUUCACGGCAGCAUGUUUAUAGGCAACAAGUAGCUUAUCAGCAAGGACCAUCCACACCGCAGCAAUCUCAGCAGCAACAGCCACAACAGCAAGUUUUCCAAGGCCAACAAGUUUUUGUGCAGCAGCAGGGUCCACCAAUUCCAAUCCAAGAAUCGACACCACCAACAACACUUGGCGAUAUGGUGAAACAGCAGCAGCAACAAAGACGGUUUCAACAGAAUCAGCAAGAUUCUGCACUUCGUCAACAAUUGCUUAACAAUGGGCCGGGUUCUAAUAAGUCAAGGCAGAAUAAUCGACGAGUUUCGAUAAAUUCUCCGCAGCCACAACCACAAAUUCAACAACAAGUGCAACCACAGCCCCAAUCACCAGUUCAAACUAUCACUGUCACAAGGGAAAAUAGUAAUAUGUUCCCGAAUGUUCCAAUUGGAUCGGUUCUUCAAGUUGUUCAAAAUGCGCAGGCGCAACAACCACCACAACAACAACAACAACAACAGCAACAACCAAUCGAGGUCCCUCAGGUGAAAAAACUCGAAGAACCAGAAGAAAUUCCGCUGGUCGAACCGACAGAAGAAGAACUUGCUGAAUUCUCCCGACAAUGUCAAUUGGAGCGAGAACAUCGACUUCGACAGAUGCUGGAUCAUCAAGUCGAAGCUGUUCGAAAUCCCCAAUUCACACCGUUUGAAGAUAUGCACGAUGUGGUGAAUCGAUUGUUGCCAUUUCAUUUGUAUUAUGAGCCAGAUGUGUCGCAACAGGCGUUUGAUGAUUGUGAGUUUAUUUUUACUAGGGAGGGAUUUUUUAAAAUUAAAGUUUUUUCUACUUCAAAAAAAUGGUUCAUCUCAAAAACCCUCUAAUUCUUUCAGUCGAUGACAAUUGGUUUCGUCACAAUAUCAACGUGGAUAAACAGAAAAAAUCGCUGGAAAAUCGGAUACGAGAAGUCUGCUUGCGCGGCACAUUUAUUCACUCCGAUUUGGCUGAAAAUAAUAUGUUGAUGUUUUUGGAAACUGAAAGAGAAAGGAGGAAGUUAGAAGAGGAUAAACAGGCGGCUGCUGAGAAUUUGGAAGCAUUUGUUGAAAACAGUGAAAUUAUUCGGAAGUUUAGAAAUGGAAUGUUGUGCGAGGAAGGUCCGAUUGAAAAUCCAAUUCAAGAAAGCGAAAAUUAUGGAGAUUAUGAAUAUAAUGAUUUUGAUGAGAAUUUUGUGCGGAUACCAUCGCCUUAUAUCUCACCAAUUUUAUCGCCAAAAUUCUCACCAAAGAAACCAUACACUUUACAAUCACCUAUUCCACAAUCUAUUCCAUCAUUCUGCUCACCACCACCUGCAAUUUCUUCGGAACCAACGGCUAUCAAAACACCAAAUUAUAGAAAACCGAAUGAAGAAUUCGAAGCAUCGAUAUCGAAUAUUUCACAAGAUCCACCAGUUGCCGCAAGAUUACCAUCGAAAAAGGAAUUCUUGACGAGAGCCCGAAAAGAUGUUCCAGCAGCUUUGAGAUCUCCACCGGCGCAAUCUGUGUCAAUUAGGCAUCGAUUGAUUUCAACAUCGAAUUCAAGAAUUGAAUCACCGAAGAAAACUGGAAGUUCGACUGCUGAAACUUGCGAAGAUUCGGAAGGUUCAGGAUCACCAGAACUUGGAAUCGAUGAUGAUGAGAUUUAUAUUCGACCUCCCCCAUUGUCUGCAACACUUUCAUCUGUGAAACGAGAACCUAUUCGGCCUCCGAUCAAGAUUUCGGUGCCAAAUCCAAAACAUGAACCAAUCAAGCUAAAGAUCAAACUUCCUCCGCUGAAAUUAACUGAUAUUCACAUCAAGAAGGAAGUCGAGGAAAUUGAAGAACCAAUUGCUGAGCCAAUUGUUGAGGCUCCAACGAAAAAACGAAAAUCAGUGGAGGUGAAACCAAAAGCCAAACGGAAUCGAAGUGAUGUUGUUUCUGUUGAAAAUUGCACAUUCAAAACACCGAAUGGUGUGAAGAAGGAUAGGGUAAGUCACAUUUUUUCAACAAAAAAAAAUAGCUGAUCUAUUUUUUUCUUUCAGCUCGUCCAAGUCAUGACUGAUGAUAAUGGUGGUCGAAUCAAAUUACGAAUGAGAAAAGUGCCAGAAUUUAUGCGAAACUCAAUAACACCAAGAAAAGUCAAAAGAAGAUCGCUUGAACCAACAUCUGAAACUCGACUUCUCAUGACUAUCCAUAAAAUGGUUGAUGAUAAAUAUUCGAUAAAAAUCAAAGAAACUCCACCACCAAUUGUGCAAAUUUCACGACCAACAAAUCGAUUGAAUUCUGGAAGAGCAAUGGCAAUUCGAACUGAUCCAACAGCCAAACCAAAGAUGAUUAAGAAGAAGAAAUCAGCGGAAAAUAUGGUAGAAACACCAAAAGCUGCCAAGUUUACCAAUCGGUUCAACCCAUUUGCAUCGAUCCCUUCAACUUCGACAAUGACACCAAGAACACCUGCCAAGUUUCUGUCGGCGACACCAGAAGUUACGAAUUCUACAGUUCCGGUGAUGCCUCAAAUCACAAUUCCAGUAGCAGAAGUCAAGCCAAAACUGAAGUCACCAAACCAGAAAAUCUCUGCUUUGCUACCUUGGAUGACUGAAGAACCAGCGAAAAAAGAAAAGAAAAUUGUUGUCAAAGUUGAACCUGUUGAGGCGAGUAGUCAAAAUCAAGCAAACAAUUUGCAAAAUGAGAUUUCGCCGAGAGCAUCGAGUUCGAUGUCAUUUUUGCUAGACGAUGAUAAGACAAAUGGAGUUUUCUCGUUUUUGCACUCACCGCCGAGAAAGAAUGAGCCGUUGCCGACUGUUGAAUUUUCUGGUAAGUUUUUUUAGCAAACAUUUCUUAUUGAAAGUUUUUCAAAAAAAAUUCAAUAAUCAAAAAAUCUAUAUUUCAGAUGACGACGAUGACAACGAUAUUCACACUGAUUUCAGUCUGGUAACCGAUCGAAUUUGCGCCGCAGCUGCUGACACAGAAUCCUGA